UGUAGACACACGUCGAAGCAACUGAAUAAUAGUGAUCUACUCCAACAAAAUUAAUUUAUACCACCUACGUUAUUUAAUAAUAAUAUAGUAAUACUGUUUGAACAAUUUUUAUAUUAUUUUAACUCAGUGUUUAGUUUUAAAUUUUAAACACUUUCGAUAAUGCAGUUUUUAUAUUAUUGUUUGGUGUUCCUCUCGACCGUAUCCGUCGCGGUAUUAUUCGAAGUCAAAAAGAUAUACGUCAUCGAACGCGAUUUCAAGACAGGUCUGUUGAGAGCUCGCCGGCAAAACGUACCGGUGCAGUCACACACCGUAGCCCGGAUCGGAGGCCUGCAGGAUCAUCACCAUCACCAGCAAAAUAAUAUGUUCACGGCGGCCGCUGUGUCACCGCCGCCACUGCAAUCUGUGCCGGCGGGUGGCCAGCUGCAACAGCCGACGGACUUGGCGUCCACGGUAGACCUGACGGCAGACAACCGGGCGCCUAUCGAUUAUCUGACGCCGCCGCCGAACGCCGACUUUCAGUUCCUGCAGCAAAGCUUUCCGGCCGGCGAAUCGACGACACAGAACCGGCCAGAGUCACACGUCCAAAACGUACAGGCGCCGCCACCACCACCGCUCGUACCGUUGACCGCGCAGUCAGCGCCCGCGGCGGUGCACACGUCGCCGUUCACACCCAGCGGAGGAGCCGGUGGCGGUGGUGGUUUUCCCUCGGCACAGGCACAACCACCACCUCCACACGGGACAUCACUCAGUUCACUCGCGGUGCAGACGUCCUCACCUAGUAACCAGGUGCACAGCCUGACGUUCGCCAACCCACCACUGGAACAGUUCACUCCAUACACGCCUUUGCUGCAGGUGAAUAAUGAUCCCACGGCCAACCAGCAGCAGCAGCAAAACGGUGGUCGCUGGGAACUGGGAUUUGAUGCUAGCGAGAUACUCACGCCCCCGUUCUUAGGCGGCCCGGAACAGCCGUCCAGCGGCAGUGGUCAGACAUUCUUCCAGCAAGAUUUUGGCCAAGAGACAGCGAGUUCGGUGCGCAACAACAAACAGUACCCUGCGAACAGUGGCGGAUCUCUGUUCUUCGGUGGAGGAGGAAGUGGCGGCGGUGGUGGUUUUGACGCCUCCACUGCGACCAACACCAAGUUCACGCCACUGGACGCCGUCAUACGGCCGUCGUCGUCCAACAAAAAUGUGUACUGGGGCACGCCGAAGACCGCUCAACAACAGCCAGUCAGGCCGCCACUCUCGUUUGCCGAACCGAAUGCCUUCCGGUUCAACAACAACCAUUUGCACCAACCGCACCAUAACCAUCAUAACCCACACCAUCACCACCAGUACAUGGACGCGUUCCAGAUGCCGUUCACGGGCCAGUUUGACGGACCGCUAUCGCAGGGCACAGUCGCUGAUCACGUGGUUCACAGUUCGUUCAGGAUCAAACGGCAGCUUCGGGACGCGGGACCUCCGCCAGCAGAAGGGCGAUCAGACUCAGCCGACCGCCGUGGUGACGACGAUCGCUUCGGUGACCGGAAACCCGUUUACAGUUUCGUCAAGACAGACAGAAACGGAAAUUUCAAAUGGAGCGUCAGACACGGUUACUAAUACAGUAAUACCCGUGUAAUAUAGGCCACCACCGCCGCGCCCGCUCAAUCGUUACGAUUACCUACCUAUAUUAUAUAAUAUUAUAAUGUCAUAUAUUAUAUACAACGCGUUCCGUGUAAUUAUUAUGUAUUAAACUUAUUUAAAAUGAAAACGUAAACAAUUUUCACAUUAAAAUAAUAAAAAACAAUACUUCCA